UAACAAGAUUCUAAGCCUUCACUUGACCCUCGCUAAACUAGCCCUAAGCUCAAGCACACUUGCUACUCCCCAUUGGAUUGAAUUCUUCUUGAAUUUGGUGAAUUGCAAGCUCUAGAUCACUUCUCUCAGCACAAAGGUGGCCUCAGGUGUUCAAUGUGUCCAAAGACAACUCAAAUGACCCGGGGAUCACUUUAUAUAGAGUGGAGAGACUCCCCUAGCCGUUACCAACUUGCUACAAAAAAUUAGUAGGCAUCGAGACUUCCGAUAGGGGGCAUCAGAACUUCCUGUCAUAACAACAUAAGCAAGGGCGGAGCUAGCAGACAAAAGCAUUGAGGUCAGCUCCAUAUCACAACGUUGUCAACUCCAUACAUAACAGUGCAAAACUGUGAUUCUUCACUAAUUUUGCCCAAAAGCAUCGAUGUCAGUUUGACAUCAGUGAAUAGGCCUAGCUCCGUCCUGCAUAAGGUGCAUACAUACUACAAACUCAUCAUGCUUGACAAGGGAAUCAAAUAUUUAAUUUACACACAAAUAGCAGAAAGGUGCAUAUAUACCACUGAACGAAACAGCACUAAUCUUCGCUGCAUAUAUAAAGGGUGGUGAGCCAAUACACAUCGACGAAAUGAUCGACACCGUUAGAGCUGCGCUGAGGUCGGCGGCAGGCGGCGAUCUUGAUUUCUCAUCAUACGACACGGCGUGGGUCGCGCUUGUGAGAAAGCUGGACGGUGGAGAAGACCCGGAGUUCCCCUCGUGCAUCGACUGCAUCGCUAGGAACCAGCUCCCCGAUGGCUCCUGGGGCGAUGACGCCAUCUUCGUAGUCCAAGACUGGCUCAUCAACACCUUGGCUUGCGCCAUUGCUCUGACAACUUGGAAUAUUCAUAGCGACAAGUGCAACAAAGGCUUGUCAUUUCUCCAUGAGAAUAUAAAGAGACUCCGUGAGGACGAUGAUAAUUGGAUGAUAGUCGGUUUUGAGAUGACCUUCCCAACGCUGCUAGAGAUGGCCAAGGAUGUAGGCCUUGACAUACCUUAUGAUGAGCCCGUGUUGCAAGACAUAUAUGCGAAAAGAGAACUAAAACUCGCUAAGAUUCCUAUAGAUGUACUGCACUCCGUACCAACAUCUUUGCUUUUUAGCUUAGAGGGAAUGCCAGGUUUAUUAGACUGGGACAAGUUAUUCAAACUCCAGGCUCCAGAUGGCUCCUUGUCUUCACCAGCUGCGACAGCUUAUGCUCUUAUGCAAACAGGCAACAAGAAAUGCCUCGAGUACCUUACCGAUGUCGUCGACAAGUUCGACGGGGGAGCACCCUUUAUCUACCCCGUGGAGCUGUUCGAGCGCUUAUGGGUUGUCGAUCGGUUGGACCGGUUGGGCUUAUCCUCCUACUUCAGGAGCGAAAUUGACAGUUAUUUAGACUACGUUUACAGGCACUGGAGUGAUGAAGGCAUAGGUUUUACCUGGGGCUGCUCAGUGGCGGACAUCGAUGACACGGCCAUGGGUUUCCGUCUCCUCAGGCAGCACGGCUACCACGUCUCUACUGAGGCCUUAAAGUGUUUCGAGACGAAGGAUGGCGAGUUCGUUGUGUACCCGGGGCAGUCCAGCCAGUCAGUGACCGCGAUGUACAAUCUGUACCGCGCUGCCGACCAGGCCGCCAUCCCCGGUGAUGACAGUGUUGUCCAGCGGGCCAAGGCCUACAACUACGCGUUCCUCCAGGAGAGGCGAGCCGCCGGUGACCUCAACGACAAGUGGUUCAUCUCCCCAGGCCUGCCCAGUGAGCUCGCCUACGGCCUCGAGUUCCCCUGGAAGGCAAAUCUGCCGCGCAUCCAGAUGAGGAUGUAUCUGGAGCAGUACGGUGGCAGUGAAAAUGUGUGGAUCGGGAAGAACCUUUACAGGAUGCAUCUGUUCAACAACAAUCUGUUACUCAAAUUGGCAAAGGCCGAUUUCAGCAACUUCCAGAGACAGUGCCGGCUUGAGUGGCAGGGCCUCAAAAGGUGGUGUGAGAAAAACAAUCUUGAAAUGUAUGGUGUGACUCCACAGAGCGCUAUGAGAGCCUACUUCCUAGCAGCAGCCAACAUCUUUGAACCACACCGAGCAGCGGAGCGGCUGGGAUGGGCACGCACUGCGGUGAUUGCCCAGGCCAUCUCUUCGUGCUUCCAGAGCAGCAACGCUUAUGUUACUGAAAGCAUGCUGGAAGGGCUCAAUAGUGAACUCACUAGUGACGGCGACAAUCUUGCAAGGCGUGGAGAGAAGUAUUCGACGGUGGAGAAUGGCCUCCUCAAUGCACUUCAUGAGCUGAUUAAUCUCUUUGCACCUGGAGAAGAAGCUUCCAACGAUCUCCGUGAAGCUUGGAAGACAUGGCUAACAGAAUUGACCACGAACGAUGUCCAUGAAUCAUGUGAAGGAGGCACAACACUGUUGUUAGUUCGCACAGUGGAGAUCUGCUCAGGGAGACACUGUUCAGCUAACCAGAAUCUGAAGCUUUCCGAGUAUUCCCAGCUUGAGAAGCUUACCUCUUCCAUCUGCAACAAAGUUGGCUCUAGGACUCUUUCUCAGGUCAAUCAGAAUGGAACAACAACGGAGAGCACUGAGAAUUUAGAACAGCAAGUAGAUCAGGAGAUGAAAGAGCUGGUUCAAUGUGUUUAUCAGAGCUGCGACGCUAUAAGCAGGGCGACCAAGCAGACAUUUUUCAAUGUGACUAGGAGUUUCUGCUACGUUACUCAUUCUUCACCUGAAACAAUCGAUAGUCACAUCUCCAAGGUCAUAUUUGAGGAUGUCAUUUAGGGCAUUUCCAACCAAGAAACAAUACCAUGUAGUAGUGUCUAUGACAUGCCAUGUUGCAUAGACACAGCCUAAGAAACUAUAGCUCCCAAUGCAUAAUUUGUAAUUGUGGUUACUCCCUGCAUUCAUGGAUGAUAGUCUUGUUUGGAAUGGGCACAAUAACCAGAGUAAAAUAAACAUUGCUUAUCAA